CCAUGGAAAUGAAUGCCACCUCUGGAAGUGCUGAGGACCACCAUGGGAACUAUAAGCCAAGGCUGGAAAAUAGGGAUGAAGAGAUAGCUCAUCAGCAUGCAGAAGAAGAUGGAUCACCAGUGAAGGCCAAGAAAAAACAGAAGGACAUGAUCAAAGAGCUGAAAAUCUUCCUGUGGAAUCCAGAGACAAGAGAAUUUAUGGGCAGGACAGCUCAUAGCUGGGGCCUAAUACUUCUCUUUUAUCUAGUUUUUUACCUUUUCUUGGCUGGAAUGUUUGCAUUUUGUUUGUAUGUAAUGCUGAUUACUCUGAGUCCAUACACACCUAGGCACAGGGACAGAGUUUCUCCACCAGGAGUUAUGAUUAGACCACACGUUGAACAUGGAUUCAUCAUUACUUACAACUUAUCAGAACCCAAAUCGUGGCAACCUUAUGUGAAAAACUUAGAGCAGUUCUUAGGAGCUUAUAAUGACAGUGUUCAAGAAAGCAGGAAUGCUGUGUGCACACCGGGCAAUUAUUUCAUUCAAGACACUGGAGAAAGCACCAUGAAACGUGCUUGCCAAUUCAAGCGAUCCGUGUUAAUGAAUUGCUCAGGGCUGGAAGAUAAGACUUUUGGCUACUCCAAGGGACAGCCAUGCAUCUUGCUAAAGAUGAACCGAAUUAUUGGCUACCGGCCUGGUUAUGGGACUCCAGUGACAGUGGAAUGCAAAGUGCAGAAAAGUAAUCACAGUGAUAUCCAAGCAGUGGAGUUCUAUCCAAGCGCCACAUUUGAUCCCAUGUACUUUCCUUACUAUGGCAAACUAACACACGAAAACUACACAUCACCGCUGGUGGCCAUCCAGUUUACCGUCACAAAAAACACCUCUAUAUCCAUACAAUGUCAGCUGAAUGGAGUAGGCAUCAUCAAUAAUAUGCAUCAUGACCGUUAUUUGGGGAGAAUUAUUUUUUUCCUUAAUGUCAAUUAUUAG